AUGCGUUUGGCUCGCGUAUGUAGCCGCACACAAGUAUUUUUUUGUCCCAGGCCAAGGGCCGUUGGCCCUCAGUUUCUCCGUCCCUGCGGUAUUGCUCCCUCGACACGACGGUGCUAUGCGCAAAAUGCACCCCCUGUCGGUCCCCAAAACCUGAAUCAAGAUGGUCCUGAGGAGGAGGGUGAGAGGGAAAGGAGUCAUAAAAAUGAAGAUCCCGGACCUUCUCUGAAAACUACCUUCUUAAAAAUGUUGGAAUCUGCAGCGACCAUGUUUGCAUCAAUUGCUGUGCUUGGUGCUGCCGGAUACUCUUAUCACCGAUACUAUAAGUUUCUGGUCCUUGAAAAAAUGGACAACGCAUUCAACCCAGGCGAUCCGGCCCUCGAAGUCGCCGGCGUAGCCCCUUCAACGGUUACCGAUGACAGUGACACAGGCCACUGGAUCGAACGCGAGGAGCAAAACAAAGUUGAUCAGAUAGUCAAUGGCACCUCUCGAGGACGUUAUUACCUUCUCAUCGGCGAAAAGGGUACAGGGAAGACGUCCAUGCUCCUCAGCGCCAUGAGAAAAAUUGAUGGCGAUGGUGUGGCUUUUUUUGAAGCCCAUGCAGACCUCGAAAUUUUCCGUAUACGGCUUGGCAAGGCGUUGGACUUUGAGUUUCAUGAAGACUAUAUUGGCAGUCUGUUUAGCAUCAGAGGGCCACGAGACACCACCGCAUUGCUAGAUAUUGAACGAGCUCUUAAUAAGCUUGAGAAAGUCGCUCUUGCGCGACGGCGCAAAGGUGGAAAGCCUCUCAUUUUAAUUGUCAAUAGUACCCAUCUAGUCCGAGACGAUGAGGAUGGACGCGACCUGCUAGAAAUGAUCCAGCAGCGUGCUGAGCAAUGGGCAGCAAGUAGCUUGGUUACAAUGAUUUUCAACAGUGAUGACUACUGGGUGUAUGAACGGUUAAAGCGUUACGGUACCCGAAUGGAAAUUAUUCCUCUCCCAGAUCUUCCCAAGGAGAAAGCAAUGCUGGCCUUACGACAGUACCGGAUAAAGUAUUUCAACGAGACCUUGGACGAUUCAAUACUAGAAAAGGUAUAUCAGAAGGUUGGCGGACGACUGUCAUUUUUGAACCGGGUGGCGAGGUCCAAGGAUAUGCUCCAAGCCUGUUCGACAAUACUACAGGCGGAGAAGACAUGGUUUCUCAACAAAUGCUGGAUAUUGGGAUCAGAAAUGGAUGACGAUGUAAUGGAUGAACAGAAAUACUCGUCUGCUGCCAUGGUCCUCGCCAAAGAGCUCGUCGACCGAGAAAAGGCAAUGGAGACCUACGAUCCCGAAAAAGGCCAUAUCCUACCGGAGAUGCCUCUUCAUGAGGCCCGACAAGUUAUGACAAGAGCAGACUUUAUCCAAAGUUACGAUCACGACAACAUAUUUACCAUCGACUCCAGAGGCAUGGUUCGAGCCGACUCUGUUCCGAUGCAAAUCGCCUUCAGGGAGAUAUGUUUGGAACCAGGCUUUUCAGAGCACCUGGAAAAUACCUUGAACAGAAUCAGCGAUAUUGAAAGCUUGGGCAGGACCCGGGAGUUAACCAUUAAAGACUUUUGGGAUAAUGGGUCGUUUAAGGCGAUUAUUCGUGAUACUAAAGGCAGAGAGGCUGGGACUGUAGAAAUAGGUGUGGUCAAACCGAAGGAUGGGGAUGAUGAUGACUAAAAGACGUUCAAUCCCUUACAUAUGCAAUGUUGGAUGGAUAGACUCCUUUCCUUUGUUUUUGAGGUAAGUAUAUGGCCAGAUUCCCUGUUCUUAUGUUUAAAUUACU